GUCGGAUUUCUCACACUAUGUGAGUACUGCACUGUGUAGAUUGGCCCAAACGUUAAACGUUAAAUGUUAAACGAGCCCUCACUACGACUUUUUUCUGGAUGUAAAAAUAAUUUAUUAUCUUAAAUUAUUUACUGUCGCUGAUAAAAAGUAGACACAUUCAUGGCGUUUCAAUUCGGACGAUCGGAGGGUUUUCCUUCGCAAUAUUCUGCGCAUCAUACCCCAGUGACAGUGGAUGUGACCGAGACCAUAUUAAUCGCUGUUUUCGUGAUUAUCUCGAUUGCCUUCAUUAGCAUUAUACCGGGCUAUCGGAAGAAACAAAGCAUCUACGUAACUAUAAAGGUCGGCUUCAGUAUCGUCAUUGGGUGCUUAUUAAUAAUAGAAAACUUUGGUCAAGAAUGGGAAUACGGCAGCACGAGCAGCAAAACGCCCUAUCGGGCCGGAAUUGGCCAAGAAAUCGAUGCUCAAAUGGCAGUCAAGAUAGGACUGAGAUCGGUGAACAUCACACUGAAAGCCAAACCGGAAGAAGGCACGCCACUUGAGAAAGAAACGAUCGAUUACAAUGAGAGAUUUCCCUGGACGUGGGACCAAGGCAGAAUCGGUUUUGGACCCUACGCUGGAUUACUACAAAGGACUUUCCGUGAAGGCCAACGACGGGGCUUACCCAUUCCCAUUUUAUGGAUCGCUGAGUAUUUUGUUAUCGACGGAGAAGGCAUUCGAUUUGGAAGAUUUUAUCGAACUGCUGGAUGGUAUUGUCACAUCUUAUUGUGGACCGCUUUCGCCUGCUGGAUACUGGUUAACAUAUUCCUACAGUCAGUGAGCCGAUACGCCGCCUACCUGAUCGGCUUGAUCGGCGGCUUGCAAUUGCUAACUUGUCUCGUGUGGGUCUGCGUGCACAAUCCAAUUCCACUUGUGAUUCCCUUCGACGAUGGUGUCAUUAGGAUGACAUUAGGCCGGCAUUUCUGGAUAACUUUCGGAUGCGGACUGUUUUGCGUUCUUUUGGCGAUUAUAAUGAUAUUUAUGGAUUUACGUUAUCCUAAUAUGCUGUCUACGCUUUUGCAAAUAGACCCUCUUGGCCAGUAUGAUGAAUGCAUAAUAAGAAGCUGUCAAGUGGACGACGUGCUACGUAGGAAGGUACAUAUGAAUGAUUCGAUGGAAAUGACUUCGCCCUUUUCGCAAAACAGAAACACAGGCAUGAUGAUAUUGAAGAGACGAACAACUAUAAAAAAUGCGCAAAAGUCGCUCUUCCGUGCGCCAGUUCCCAUGAAGAUGGAAAUCUACGACGAUGUGGCUGUUUAUGAAAAUCAGGAUAUCGCAGGACCGUCUAAGGAUACAUCUAAAAUGGAAGUGCGCAAUGAGAAGGAAAAAGAAGAGAAAGAAGAAACGAUCAAGCCACCGCCGAUUCCGAAAAAAAAGAAAAUGAAGAUCCGUCCCUAAGCAAGUCUGACAGUCUAUGAAUUUCAGUCGUCAACGCGCAGAUUGACGCCAUUUGGAAAAAAGCUCGAUGUAAAAUGUCGUGUAUCCAUAUGUAUUUGUUACUGUACCAAUACAUUAGCGAAAACAAA